CACUCCUUUUUACUUUAUCUGCUGCUCCACUUCAUCCACACAUGGCCAAUAAAGCAGCUCACCUCCAGCUGGACUUCACCUCAGAGGCAGCGAUGAAUGAAACCAAUGUAGCGGUGAACCAGCUUGCGUCCACCUCCAGCGGCUCCUGGCAGACAGACGCCUCGAGAGGAAUCCAAAUCACCGUCACACUGCUCAUCUUCCUGGUGGGGGUACCUCUGAACGGACUGGUGGUCUGGGUUCUCGGACUGAGGAGCCAUCGCCACCUGGUGCGGCGGGGCAGCAAUGAGGAGACGCGUGCGGCCAGCAGUUUCCGCGUCUACGUGCUGAACUUGGCCGUGGCCGACCUGGUGCUGCUCCUGCGGACCCCCCUCAUGCUGGGCUACCUCAUCCACAACUACAGCUGGCCCUUCGGCCGCCCCUUCUGCCACCUCGUUAUGUUCCUGCGAGGCCUGGGGCUGUACACCUCGGCGUUCCUCCUCUGCGCCGUGGCUCUGGAGAGGUGCCUGUGCCUCCUGAGGCCCGUGUGGGCCCGGAUGAGGCGGCCCAGGUGGGCCGUCCCCCUGGCCUGCGGCCUCCUGUGGCUGGUAUCCACCAUCCUCUCCGCCCCCUACCUCUACUUCGCCGUCUUGAAGGAGAAGAACGGGACCCUUCAGUGCGUGGAGAGCGAGAAGUUGAACAUGGGCCUGUUCCUGACAGAAACCAUCGCUGGGUUCAUCCUGCCUCUGCUGGUCUUCCUCGGAAGCAACCUGGCAGUUUUGUUCUCCAUUAAACAAGUGGCGCCCCUGACUCCCACCUCUUCUUCUACCCCUUCGUUUGGCCGCAGGAUGGUCAGGAUGUACCACGUCCUCUUCUUCACCAUGCUCCUCUUCCUCACCUGCUGGGUGCCGUACUUCGUGUGUCGAUUCGUGCAGGCCCUGGUCCAUGAUAACUCGGCGCUCUACCAGUCAGUAAUUUACGGCAAAUACAUCUCACUCUUCAUGGUGUACAUCAAAAGCGCACUCAACCCAGUACUUUAUGUGUUCGCCGCCCGAGGUCUGGGCCGCGCCAUCAAAGCCUCGGUGGUCUCGUCCAUUGAACGACUUUUCUAUAACGACUCCUCAGAGUCCAUCCGGAGAAAAUCAAUGAAGAACUCACAGAUAUAGCAGCUGGUGACGUUUCCUCUUUUCACGUCUGAAGCAUUACUCUCUCUGUGGUGAUCGCACCAUAAUGUACAGAAAUGUGAGCAUUGUAAAUAAAAUAUAGAUGAUAUUAAAAGUGUUUUGAAGUCGUAUAAAUACAGUGACAUUGUUUUGUAAUUACUGCAGUGUGAUCUCACCUGA